GCCAGUGGCUCCUCCGGGCUCUCGUGGGGCCACCGCAGCCACGCCUGCCUGCCAGCCCGCCCGUGACCCCGGGGGAAGGAACCGCCCGGCACGGCCGGCUGACGGUGGCCACCAUGGCGCUGGCAGGUGCCCUGGAGCGGCUGCAGGAAGAGGCCAUCUGCCCCAUCUGCCUGGAGUACAUGAGCGAGCCCGUCAGCAUCGACUGCGGGCACAACUUCUGCCGAGGCUGCAUUGCCAAGCACUGCCAGGAGAAGGGUCUGUGGGCUGACGGGCCCUUCUCCUGCCCGCAGUGCCGGGCCUCCUGCCACCGCAGCAGCUUCCGACCCAACCGGCAGCUGGCCAACAUCGUGGAGAGCAUCCGGCAGCUGGGGCUGCGGGGCGGCCCGGGGCCGGAGCCGGGGCCAGCGACCCCGCUCUGUGCCCAGCACGACGAGCGCCUCAAGCUCUUCUGCGAGGAGGAGGAGGAGGCCAUCUGCGUGGUGUGCCGGGAGUCCUUGCACCACCGCUCGCACACGGUCUACCCCAUCGAGGAGGCUGCACAGGUGUACAAGGUCAAACUCCAGAAAUCCCUGGAGCAUCUUUUGAAGGAAGUGGAGGAGGUGAAGAAGCGUGAGUCAGUGGAAAGGAUGAAAACCCAGGAGUGCAAGGAGAAAGUGAAGAAAAAGCGUGAGAGGAUUGUGAGUGAGUUUGGGAAGCUGCAUCGGCUGCUGGCUGAUGAGGAGAAGCUGUUGCUCCAGAAGCUGGAGGAGGAGGAGAAGAAGAUUCUUCUGAUGAUCAAUGAAAACCUGGCCAAGCUGGUGGAGCAGAAGUCCUUGCUGGAGGAGCUGAUCCUGGAGAUAAAGGAGAAGACCCAGCAGCCGGCUGACAGGCUGCUCAAGGACAUGAAAAUCAUCUUGAGCAGGUGUGAGGGAAUAAAUCUCCAGUCCCCCAAGGCUGUGUCUGUGACCCUGAAGGAAAACUACAGCAUCCCUGAGCGCUGCCUGGGCAUGAGGGACAUGCUGAAGAAGUUCAAAGUGGAUGUGACUCUGGACCCAGAGACGGCACACUCUGACCUCAUCCUGUCCGAGGACCGCAAGAGUGUGCGGCGUGGGAGCAAGAAGCUGAUUCUGUCCUUCUUUGACAACCCCAAGAGGUUCAGCAGUGUGCCGGUGGUGCUGGGGAGUCAGGUCUUCUUCUCAGGCCGUUCCUACUGGGAGGUGCAGGUGGGAGACAAGCCUGAGUGGGGCUUGGGGCUGUGCAGCGAGUCGGCCAGCCGGAAAGGCAAUGUCCUCUUCUCCCCCAAAAAUGGCUACUGGGUGCUGCGGCUGCAAAAUGGGGGCAACUAUGAAGCCCUCACCUCACCUGCCUCCCCUCUGACCCUGAGCGUGAGACCCCGGCGCAUUGGGAUCUUCCUGGACUACGAGGCAGGAGAAAUCUCCUUUUACAAUGUGAGCGACCACUCUCACAUUUACACCUUCACCGACAAGUUUCUGGGGAACCUCCAUCCUCUCUUCUUCCUGGGUGCCUUUUUGGGGGGCAGAAAUGCAGAGCCCUUGGUGAUCUCCUGGGUCAGGGACACGCAGGGGUCUGGGUGCAUCAUCCUGUGACAGCGGCUGCCCUGACUUCUCACGGGCAGGCAGAUACCUGAGAGCCUGACCGGCUCCUGCCGGGGAAGUGGCUGUGUGUCUUGGUGAGAGCCAUGGCAGGUUCCCCGUGUGCUCCUGGUGGUGACCCAUCAAGUGUGACACCCACCCCAUGCCAUCUCAUGGUGAGAAGGGCUCUUAGCAGCAGGAAUAUGGCAUGAUGAGGACAGGGGAGCCUGCCGACCACUGCUGCCCUGCUGGCCCUCUCCCAGGAUGCUGGAGAAGAGCGGGUGCCCAGCCUGCUGUGUAGUGCUGAUUUUGGUGUGAUUUGUACUGGAACAAGGCAAUAAAGUGUUGAUUUAGG